AUGGAUAGAGUAAAGACCGAGCUGGUGGUUGGUGCGGUGGCUUUAGGGGCUUUGGCCGGCGUUGCAGCGACUCUGGGUGUACAGUUUUGGAGUCAGUCGAGAGCAGGUGGUGCUCCGGUGGCUGGUAAGCCGGGGAGUGACGGUUUAUCAUCCAAGACAGCGGUUCCUGCUCAUGAUGAAGACCUGAUUCAGGAGCAGUUGGCAAGAAAUAUAGCAUUUUUGGGCGAGAAAGGAGCUUCUAAAGUCCGCAACUCGCAUAUUGUGAUUGUAGGAGUCGGUGGUGUAGGUUCAUGGGUGGCUACAAUGCUGGUAAGAAGUGGUGUGGGUAAAGUGACACUGAUAGAUUUCGACCAAGUCACAUUAUCCUCGUUGAAUAGGCAUGCUACUGCUACUUUAGCCGACGUGGGUACUCCCAAAGUACACAGUGUAGCGAAAUUUUUGAACUCAGUAGCUCCUUGGGUGGAAAUUACUCCGAUAGUUGCAUUGUGGACUAAGGACUCGACACAUCUUCUUGAUGGAGCCAGUUUCGUAGUCGAUUGUAUUGACAAUAUUGAUACGAAGGUGGAUUUACUGGAAUACUGUUAUAAGAACGAGAUUCCUGUUAUCAGUUCGAUGGGUGCUGGAUGUAAAGCGGACCCCACGAGAAUCCGAGUGGCAGAUUUAUCCAUGUCAAUUGAAGAUCCAUUAUCACGAUCGACCCGACGAAGAUUACGAUUAAGAGGUAUUACUACGGGAAUUCCCGUUGUUUUCUCUGCUGAAAAGCCUGGUAAAGAUAAAGCCAAGCUGUUAGAGCUGGAUGAAGAAGAGUUCCAGAAAGGCAAAGUCGACGAACUGUCGGUAUUACAGGAUUUCCGAGUGCGUAUUCUGCCAGUAUUGGGACCUUUACCGGCUAUUUUUGGGCUUACUAUUGCCACUCAUUUGCUGACAUUUAUCGGAGAUUACACAUCGGUAUACGAUCCAGUGCUUGGAGGAUACUCGUUAGCAGGCAAGCAACGAACCAAGUUCUACGACAGUGCCAUGCAAAGUCUCAUUGGCCAGGCCGCACGGAUGGGAUGGAAAGAGACCCGCGACGUGCCCGUAGACCUCAACGAUAUCGGGUACCUAAUAGACGAAGUGUUCUGCGGCAAAACUAUCACUGGCCAGUGCAACCGGAUCUGUCUCACGACCUGGGACCCGUCGAAACCCAUGAAAAUCGGCAACAUCGUGCCCGUCAGCAAAGAGCAACAGAACCUCCACGAAAAAGAGAUCAUCAAAGGCAACAAAUCCCUCGAAGAAGUGUACUCCCCAGACACCCUCGACCACGUGCGACGCCGUCUUGACCUCGGGCUCUGGUACGACCGUUUCCGCUAG